GCCCUGGGAACGGCACUGGAGUGGCCAGAAGCCAAGCUGCGCGCAAACCAAGUGAGAGAAUGGGGCAUCAGGCAACUCCUGGAGAUAUGGAACAAGGCCAAGGGCAAGGAACGGGAUGCCAUGUUGUGGGGAGAUGAGGUCGAGUAUCUUGUCGUCAUGUAUUCAAAGGAUGAUCCAAAAGUUCUCCUUUCCCUUCGACAAGCCGAGAUCCUCAAGGCUCUCUCCAACAAUGAGGCGCUUGCUGAGGCGGGUUCUGUGCCUGCGCUCCAGGAUGAGGCGCCUAUCGCGAAAACAUACAAAAACAGCGGGGCUCUGCCCGUCUUUCACCCCGAGUUCGGCCGCUUCAUGCUCGAGGCUACCCCAGGGAAGCCUUGGGGCAUUGGGCUCAAGGAACUCCUCGGAGUUGAGCCCGAUAUGAAACUCCGGAGGAAGAUUGCCAAGGAGCACAUGCUGUCCACCGAGUACCCCAUCACCCUGACCACCUUCCCCCAGAUUGGCGUUCCAGGCCAGUUCACUCACCCCUUUUACCCUCCCUCGGGGCCCAAGCUGCGCUCGCAGUUUGUGCCGGACGAGAUUGCCAAUCCUCACAUCCGCUUCCCAACCUUGGCCGCCAAUAUUCGCGCCCGGAGGACCCGCAAGGUGCAAGUCAACGUUCCCAUCUUCCGUGACAAAAACACACCGAUCCCCUGGAAAGAUCCCACGGUCAACUACGAUCUCCACAACUGGCCCGAAGAUGACGACGUCCGCAACGGAGCCGCUCCAGACAACUUCAUCCACAUGGACGCAAUGGCUUUUGGAAUGGGGAGCUGCUGUCUCCAGAUCACCUUUCAGGCCAAGAACAUUGUCGAGGGCAGGGAGCUGUAUGAUCAGCUAAGUCCUCUCGGCCCCAUCAUGCUGGCCUUGACCGCAGCAACGCCCAUUUACAAAGGCUUCGUGGCGGGCACUGAUGUGCGGUGGAAUCAGAUCAGUCGCUCGGUCGACUGCAGGACACCAGAGGAGCUGGGCGAAAAGCCCUUGAAGCAUGAUCGCUGGAGGAUACCCAAGUCGCGAUAUGCCCCCAACUCCACGUACAUCUCCACAAACCCUCGACUUCGCCCAGAGUACUUGGAUCCCAAUCUGGUCUUUGAUCCGGACCUCAAGGCCAAGCUGAUCGAGGGGGGCAUGGAUGAUCUUUUGGCCACCCAUUUCGCCCAUCUCUUCAUCCGAGACCCCAUCGUCAUCUUUGAGGAAGACCUCCAGGAGCUUGAUUUGACCAAGACGGACCACUUUGAGAACAUUCAAUCGACUAACUGGCAGCACAUGCGGUUUAAGCCUCCCCCAGCUGACAACAACAUUGGCUGGAGAGUCGAGUUCCGUUCGAUGGAGAUUCAGGUGACUGAUUUCGAGAACGCAGCGUUCUCAGUCUUCAUGGUUCUGAUCACAAGAGCGAUCCUCUCGUUUGACCUCAACUUCUACAUUCCCAUCAAGAAGGUGGACGAAAACAUGGAGCGAGCCCACGGCAUUGAUGCCGUUCUCAAGGACAAGUUUUACUUCCGCAAGAACCCCUUCCCACCCCGACCGUCGCGCGCGAAUACCGUCUUCAACGACGAUAGCCGGCCUGGUUCUGCGAUGCCCAGUCGGCCAGGAAGCCCCGGCAGCCUCCCUCCUGUCGAGGAGGAGUACGAAGAAAUGACGAUCAAUGAGAUUAUCAACGGCUCUCCCGACGGAGACUUUCCAGGACUCAUCCCCAUUGUUGAAAGCUACCUUGACAGUGUCAACGUCGAUGUCCAGACCCGGUGCGAGCUGGCAACGUAUCUCUCUCUCAUCAGCAAGCGGGCGAGCGGCGAGCUCGACACGGCCGCACGCUGGAUUCGCAACUUUGUCGACGCCCACCCCAACUACAAGCACGACAGCGUCGUCGACGACGUCAUCACCCACGACCUCAUCGGACACGUCGUGGCCAUUGGCGAGCGGGAAAGCACCGGCAGGGGCUUUGCCGGGCUGGACGUUCCCGGCCUCUCCAAAUUCCUGGGCAACUUCCGCGCCACGUGCGGGCAGGCGAAUGCGCCGGAUGCCGGCGACAACGUCGAAGAAGCAGAUCGUGUGUCGCGGAAGCGGAAGAGCGAGUGGAUAGACGGGGCAACAACGGCCGAGGUUGGGGCGUAG